AUGUUAAGUUACGUUUCGAGCUGGUUUAAGGGUAAAGUAACCAUAUCUGAACCUGCCAGUCUUUUUGAGGGCGUAUUAAAUUCGGAUGCUGUUGGAAUAGUAUUUUUCGACUCAGUUCUGGCACAUUUCCAUACCUUCGAUGAAUUCAACCAGAGACAAAACAAAACAUUUCUUCAUGAUGUGGAUUAUAUUACGCAAUGUACAAUCACUGAUUUGACAUCGAAGAAACAUUCUAUUCGUUCACGAAAGCGAAUAGAUGCCUAUCUCUAUAUUUACUGUCGAAUUCAAGAGUACAUUUAUCUGGCAAAUGCAUACUACAAACCACUAGGAGAACUCAAACAAGUUUUGUUUCAAUUAUUGGUCUCUGCAUUUGAACAAACAAAAGGUCAACAGCCGAAUCUUCUUGUAUACGAGAAAGAUGUACUAUUGAGAAUGGAUAUUCCUCGACAUCUAUCAUCGAUCGCUACCAUUGAUGACUUAAACACAUUAAAAAAGUUUUUUGUUCUAAGUAAACUAUCAAUGCAAGCUACACAAUUCAUGAAUGAUAGUCGUUAUCGUCUUCAAUGGAUCGACAUAUUAUCCAAAGUAAAAAUAACCACUUUGUCUUUAGAACAAUUUAUUCGAGCGUAUCUAGAUAAUCAAGAAGCAUUUACACAAUUUCCAUUUGAUACCCCAGUGCUUAUUCAUCUUAUUCAUCGACUGCAUCCUUCAAAGCAAGCAAAAGAAUCGCCAUUUAAAACCUUUUUUCAAUUUAAUCAAGCGUUGAAGCUCGACCCGACACUAUUUUUUGAACAAUUUCACACAAUAUUCAGCUGUGGCAUUAAAAAUCGAUGGUAUGAAAUGAAAGAUAUUGCUGAAUUAUUUACAUGGGUCAGUCGAAACGAUCAACUAUGUGGUCAAUAUGUUUCUCACUAUUCAUCAAAUGUGGACACAGAUGACCUUUGGGAUAUGUUUUUACAUUUAUAUAAAAUUAAUGCUCUCAAUAGUGUAAAUAUUCAAAAAUAUCUGAUUCCGGUAUUGAACCAAAGAAUUUCAAUAGUUACAAUUGGAAAAUUUCAACGAUAUGCAAAAUCAGCCAAGACUUGUUUAGUAGAAAUCAAACCUGAACGUUUACAUUUGAUUGAUUUAUUUGGGAAAAUCUUUGAUGCUUAUGUUAUCAAGCAGAUAACUGAUCCUCAAUAUUCGUAUCAAAUUUCUCAAACCGAUUCUAAAGAUCUUUUACAAAUCGAUCUGGAAAUAUCCUCAACGAAUUGUUUAGAAAGGCCUUCCUAUUUACUUCUUAUUCGUAAAAUUCUCUUUGAUAUUGACAGUUAUCAGAAGCCCAACGCACAAAAACUCAAAGCUCUAUUUCAAAACUUGAACAAUUUUGAUGCGAAUUUAUGUGAAAAAUAUACCGCAGAGAACAUUAUUGAUGAUGAAUGGCUAAAAGAUUUUCUUAUUACUAAUAUAUCAAUUUGGUUAAAAUUAGAUAAAGAAACUUACAAAUAUUUAUGUGAAAAUCAUCAGAAUAAUCCUUGGGCAAUCUACAUUUGGUCAAAAAUCAUACAUUUAAGUCUUUCAAAAAUGUUAAACAAUAAUCAUAUUGAAAUUCUUUCCAAAAUUAAUGAAUGGAUGAAAAAUGUUAAACAUGAUAUUUAUAAUCCAACAGAUAUUUUCACAACUAUUUUAGUUAAUAAAUUAUGUGAAUUAGUGCUUGCGAAAUAUUCCAGAACAAUCUUAAUGUUGCCAAAUAUUGACACAAUUAUGAAUUUCAUUAUAUCUAUGCGUGAACAUACAUCUGUAAAAAUAGAUGUUAAUGAAAUUAACAAUUUUAUCAGCAAUGGCAAAGAAAUUAUUCAUGAAAUUCUCCGAUUAAACAGUAAAUGCUCAUUAUAUCGUGACUUGUUGACUGAUUCGAUCAUUCGUUGUUUUGUUCCGUUGAUCAAUAUGAAUAGCAUAUUUCGUACAGCUGAUCGUCAACAAUAUAAAUUUCCGUCGACAAAUGCAAAUAUAGAUGAUAUUGUUGCUUUACCCAAACCUAAAGAUAUUGAUACCAUUAACAUCAGAUCCAAUGAAGAGUUUUUUGCUCAAUUUAUUCAACAAAUAAAUAAAUGGCUUGAUUGGUUUGAUCGAUUCAUUGAUAUUUUUCAACAUAUUAUCGAUUGGUUAAAGAUUCAUAAUGUAAAUCGUUCGAAUCAACUAUUAAUUGAUUUAUUAAGAAUUCGUGACGAUCCUAAAAUGACUUUGAUUGAAAUGAGAAUAAUUAUUGAUUCUGCUUUGAAAAUUUUACAACCAUUUAAAGAUCUUCGACGUCUUUGCCAACUAUUUAAUUGUUUAAUUCCAUUUCAAAUUCUUAAUCCAGGAACAUUAAAUAUUCAAGAGAAUACAAUGAAAUUUCUUACAGAAUUAAAACGUUUUCAGCCAAACAAUAGGUUAACAGUAGAAGGUAAAAAAAU